CCGAGUAGAAACACGGACUCGCUGUUUUCCAUCCGUUAUCCGUCGAACAUCGCAUCCUGUCGUUGUUACGGCAGGUUUUUAAUUCACUAAUUUGAUGCAGCUGACGUCGUUGUAAUCGUAAACGCUCGAAGCGACAUAAAUUCCGUCUGUUUCAGUCAUGUCCUUCCAGCCGGACCGUGGGGGUCUGAGGGGACAGAUGUCCCCCGGCCAGAACUACCUGAGCCCUCCCGCUCCCCAGCCUCCUGCUCCACCGUACCGUUACGACCCACAGACUCCGCCGGGUUCGGGUUACCAUGGCAGCGCCGGCUGCAUGCCCCACCACCCUGACUUCAUGCAGUACCCUCCCCCGGCUCCGUCGCAGCAGACCCCCGGCGCUCUGAGGCAGUGCCCGCUGCGCCCGCCUUUCCCCAAACCACCUCCCAAUUUCCCGCCUCCCCCUUUGCCCAGCUCAGCAGGGGGUCCCACUCCCGGCUCCCAGGUGUCUGUUCAGACCUCCUACCCCCCCUACAUGAUGCCUCCGCCCCCACUGCCUCACCCAACCAUGCCUCCGCCCAUGAGCUACCACCCCCCGUACCCCAUGAACUACCCUCCUUUCCCUCCUCCGCCCUUCAACCCCGGCUACACCCAGACCGCUGGCCCCUUCCAGCCGGACCACGGCCUGCGACACGGGGGGCCGUACCCGUACGAGAAGUCCGCCGACAGCCGGAGGUCACCGGAAAGAGGAUAUCGCUAUGACGACCACAGGCAGAAAAGCUACAGCGAGCGACACAGAAUGGAGUUCAGCGGAGAGAGGAAGGAGCGCGGGAGGAGUCCCGACCGGCGCGGGAGGCCGGAGGGAGGGCGCUACAAAGCUGACUACGACAGAGGGAGGAGUCCGCCGCGACACCGGAGCCGGGAGAGGAGCAGGGAGCGGUACCGCCACCGAGAUGUUCGUCGAUCCCAGUCACCUGAUCGGUACAGGAAGAGACCUCGGAGCCGCUCAACGAGCCGAGAAAGGAAGCGAGGGCGCUGGGAGGAGGAGAAGGAGCGGAGGUCAGACAGCUCCUCGGGGCCGAGCCGGGAGCGGAGCUACUCGUCCCUCCGGAGCCGGGACAACGACGAGGCGUUCGGGGAGCGCGAUCGGCAGCGGGACAGAGAGAAGGAGAAGUACGACGAGGAGGAAGAGCAGCUGAAACCCGCCUGGAUCCGCUGCACUCACGCCGAGAGCUACUACUCCAACGACCCCAUGGACCAAGUGGGCGACUCCACGGUUGUGGGAACCAGCAAACUGCGCGACCUUUACGAACGCUUCGAGGACGAACUCGUAAAGAGGCAGGAACGAGCCAAAGCCGCUCGACCCAGAUGGGAGCCGCCUAAAACCAAACUGGACGAGGAUCCAGACGACAGCAGCAGCGAGUCGGACUGCGAGUCGGACGGCGACGGCAGCAGCUGCUCCAGCAGCUCCGACUCCGAGGUUUUCGACGUCAUCGCUGAGAUCAAGCGGAAGAAGGCGCAUCCGGACCGUCUGCAUGAGGAGCUGUGGUACAACGACCCGGGGCAGAUGAAUGAUGGCCCCCUGUGCAAGUGCAGCGCCAAGGCCAGACGAACGGGGAUCCGCCACAGCAUCUACCCCGGAGAGGAGCCUGUGAAGCAGUGCCGUCCCAUGAACAACAACGCCGGGAAACUGUUCCACUACAGGAUCACCGUGUCUCCCCCCACCAACUUCCUGACCGACCGGCCGACAGUGAUAGAGUACGAUGACCACGAGUAUCUGUUCGAAGGAUUCUCUCUGUUCUCCCACACUCCUCUCACCAACAUUCCAUUGUGCCGAGUGAUCCGCUUCAACAUAGAUUACACCAUUCACUUCAUAGAGGAGAUGACACCGGAGAACUACUGCGUCCGAGGUUUGGAGCUGUUCGCCUCCUACUUGUUCCGGGACAUUCUGGAGCUUUACGACUGGAACCUGACGGGUACGAAACAAGAAACGACUGGCUUUAACAUCGUCACAAGAAACCAUAUUGAAAGGAAAACAUUCCUAUUCAGAAGAAUCUCACACAAAAUAAACUUUAUAGUUGUAGUCAAAACAAUCAGAAUGAAAUAAUAUUUUUAACAUAUUUCUUAAAACUGUCACUAUGUUGUGACAGUUUGUUAUGAGACAGUUAAUCUGUGAAAAGAUCGAUGUCCUCCACCUCUUCCCUGAGGUAUUAUUGUCGUCUGGAGAAAUGCACCAAAAGCAACCAAUCAGAGCCAGGAGGCGGGUCUUAGUGCUGCCAAUCAACCUCACAUACUCGCUCUUAAAUGUGAUUGUGUCAGAGAAACGACUUAAACUGUUUAUUUGCGGUCAUUGGUCUACAUACUAAUAGGACGUAGCAUUUAUGAUAGGUUAUGCUGGCAGCUAGAGCAAUGACAGACAUCCUGGCCCUGAUUGGUUGUUUCUAACCAAGCAGUGCUUUUCUGCAGAUGGCAGUAGGACCACAGGGAUGAGGAAGAGGAGCUAAAGCUGUCGUUUGCAGCCUGACCUGCAAUAGCACCUUACAAAAGCCUUAAAUUCAAGUAUCUAAAAUUAAGGCCUUAAAAUGCCUUAAAUCCAGGUAAAAAAUGUAGUUUGGCCUUAAAUACAAUAAUCACAGGUAUAACA